GCGGUGGCCAGUGAAUGAAUGAUCAAAGCCUUUUUAAAGGUUUGGUGGGCGGUGCAUGUGCAGUAUUUACACUGUGCCGCUCCGCCCUACAGCAGGAGAUAGAAAACUGUCUGUGGGCCGGUGGAGGGAUGAAACAAGUGGACGGAGAUGUACCAAACAGUCACGCAUUAAUAACUCCACCACACGCACUACAGCUCCUCGGCUCCACUUCUUCCACCCUAGGACGCUGUAGCAUCCUCCGUUUUGCAUAACAGGACGAGCGGUCAUUUGCGGUGCUGAAUCGGAGCUUCAUGGCCGCGACACUCGCGAUGAGCGGCGGCGGGCAGGAGGAUCCCUUUUACCCGCUGCAGAAGGCGACUCUGCCCGCUGGAUUCGCUCUGGAGGACUCGGCGUUGUUCGGCUUGGACUGCAAGAUCACAGAAACGGACAAGACUGGACAGAAUGACUACACACAGGCAAAGUAUGAGAUGGACCGGUAUCUCACCCCUCAGUCUCUUCCCCUUCCAUCUCAUGCAGACAGCCAGCAGAAGUCCCAGAGAGACAGUGCGUCAGCGCUGGAUCAGUUCUUCACUGAUCACACUGGGUCUCCCUACACCCUUAAUAUGAAUCUUUACCUCCCUGACGCUGCUUACCUGAGGAUGGGCUUGUGCCAGCAGGUGCGGUCCCCUCAGCACCAGAACCACACAGGUCUCACUCAAAUCAAAUCAGAAUCUGCCUCCCCGUGUUUCUCCACCAACAUACAGCUUCACUGCCCCAACACGACGCCCACUAGUCGCUGCAGCACAUCUGGGCAUGGCCCUGGCAACAUUGCCAUGGAAACCUCAGCCAUAAACAUGACGUUAACAGGGUUACCGGACUUCACCAGUGUUUUCAACCAGUCGGGAGGCAGCCGCGGUGACGAUUCAGUUCCACAAGUUUUCAUCAAACAGGAAAUGUCAUCGCAGUUCGAGCAGCAUCCUCUCCACCACCAUGACAACAGUGGCUCGCUGUUUCAGCUACUAAACUCCGGCUUGGACCAUCACCAUGGCAAUGGUAUGGAAGCUCAGCAGCAUCAUCAUCAUCAUCAUCACCAUCAUCAUGAGCAGCAGCAGCAGCAGAUACAACACACUUCCACUUCCACAAUCCACACGCCUUUCCAUGAUUUGCCAGUAGCUUCUUCUGCAUCUCGACAAGAGCAGACGGCCAAGCCUGCCUACUGCGGCCUGGGUGGUGGGACAUACACACAUUCUCAUGCUCAGUCACAUCCCCAUUUCCUCCAGCAGCAGGUGCCCUACCUGCCUCCCUCUCCGCCGAGCUCAGAGCCCGGCAGCCCUGACAGGCAGAAGGAGAUGCUCCACACCAUGUCCCCUCCUCCCUCAUAUGCAGCCACCAUCGCCUCCAAGUUGGCAGGUAGCACCCCUGGACUCGGACCUGGCCCGGGACCAGGCGGCUUAGCCCUGCCACUCACUACAGGUCCCAUGCCGGACCCAGGCCAAGCCGCAGGCCUUCCCCAAGCACCUGCAACAACCCCAGCCCCAAUCCCAGCUCAGACCACCGUGCCUGCCCGCUAUAACCGGAGGAACAACCCAGACUUGGAGAAACGAAGGAUCCACCACUGUGAUUACCCAGGUUGCAAGAAAGUCUACACCAAGUCGUCCCAUCUAAAAGCCCACCUCAGGACUCACACAGGUGAGAAGCCGUACAGGUGCACGUGGGACAGCUGCGACUGGCGUUUUGCUCGUUCGGAUGAGCUGACGCGUCAUUUCCGGAAGCACACGGGUGCCAAACCCUUCCAGUGCGCUGUCUGCUCCCGCUCCUUUUCCCGAUCUGACCACCUCGCCUUGCACAUGAAGAGACACCAGAACUAGCAGCAUUUGUGCACACACACACACACACACACACACACACACACACACACACACACACACACACACACACACACACGCGCACACACACACAAGCACACUACAAAUACACAAGCACUAUCUUCGCACACAUAAAGCACUCACUCCAACUCCCACAACAACAACAAUGUUACAAGCUGCCUGAUGACACUACAGCUGCUCCUGGUGCUGCUAUCAUGUGCUGAAAUGGUACGACAGCCUAACACACGUGUUGGUCUUAACCCAGAGUUAGGCGAUUCGGAGGUUGUAAAGUAGAAACAUAAUGCCAGAUGAAGUUCCUGGUCCCUUAACCUCCAGUUAUACUUGGUAUAGAUUUAUUUAGAUGAAUACAAGGAACAAAAAAGAAAACAAAAAGAAAAUGGUAGUUCCAAAUGUUUCCAGUCCAUUUAGACUCUUUUGUGUGACUGGAAUGAAAGCACUUACCUUUCAAAACUUGUAAAUGUUUUGUCUCUGUCCUAACAUAGAACUGGCUUUAUAUUGUUUGUUUGUUUUUUUUUAUAAAGGGGAAGCUUUGUUUGCAAAACUAGUCAAGCCAAAUCUUUGUUUACUCAUUGGUUUGUUAGUUUGUUAACUGGAAUAUCCAGUUUUGAGAGAUAUAUAU